AGCAAAUCUCCGGAAUUGCCAAAUUUCGAGGGGAUUCUCUCUGUGUCUCAGCAAUCGAGAGCGAUAGAGUUGGGAGCGUGAAAGGAGAUUGAAGUAUACGACAGCUAUGGAUAGAGAAUGGGGUUCGAAGCCUGGCAGUGGAGGCGCCGCCUCCGGCCAAAACGAGGCCAUAGAUCGCCGUGAGCGUCUCCGUCGUCUUGCUCUUGAAACCAUAGACCUCGCUAAAGAUCCUUAUUUCAUGCGAAAUCAUCUUGGAAGCUAUGAGUGUAAACUAUGUCUAACGCUGCAUAACAACGAAGGGAACUACUUGGCGCAUACUCAAGGUAAGAGGCAUCAGACCAAUUUGGCAAAGAGAGCUGCCCGUGAGGCAAAGGAGGCUGUAUCUCAGCCACAGCCACUCAAGCGCAAAGUUUCAGUUCGCAGAACAGUUAAAAUUGGUAGACCAGGGUACCGGGUUACAAAACAGUACGACCCCGAGCUGCAACAAAGAUCUCUUCUGUUCCAGAUUGAAUAUCCUGAGAUAGAGGACAACAUAAAGCCAAGACAUCGGUUCAUGUCAUCUUAUGAGCAGAAAGUUGAACCGUACGACAAGAGAUAUCAAUACCUUUUGUUUGCAGCUGAACCAUAUGAAAUUAUAGCUUUCAAGGUUCCUAGCACAGAGGUUGAUAAAUCAACCCCAAAGUUUUUCUCUCACUGGGAUCCAGACUCCAAAAUGUUUACUCUGCAGGUGUAUUUCAAGCCUACCAAGCCAGAACCAAACAAGCCUCAGUCGGCUGUUGGAGCCAAUGGUCUUCCACCACCACCACCACCACUGCCUCAAGGACAACCGCCACCACCUCCUCCAUCUGGUGGACUACCACCGCCACCGCCUCCAAUGGCAAAUAAUGGUUUUAGGCCCAUGCCACCAGCUCCUGGAGGUUUCGGACAUCCCAACAUGUGAAAGUGAAACCAGAGAAGCAAUCUAAAAAAAACACAGUACUCUGAUCCAUGGUCUAUGCAUAAGAGAGUGUGCUCUUUGACUGAAAAAUAUCAAAUCUGUUUUGAAAUAAAUUUUCAAAGCUGAUCUCUCCACAGAUGUAUCGUUAAUUCUCUAGUUAUACCUUUUGUGAUGAGUUUGUUAUCUGCUUUGACAGUUUUGUUAUCCGCUAAAUAGUACAAUUAAUGCCGGCUCAUAUCGGUUAGCCAGUUAAUUUUAA